GCUGCUAGAUAGAGACUCACGCCUAUUUAGAUAACUGUAGAAGUAUUUUAGAAGCUAAAUAACUUCCUAGCCGAAGUAUAACCUUUUAAAUUAUACAAUGGAAUCUCUUGUAUAAUUUAGAAGGUUAUAUCAUAUUUGAUCAAACCUUCUGUGGACGUGUCGCAUAUGGCGCAGUCGGAGGGCCUCAGUAAAAUCUCGUGAGAUGCCUAUCCGUAACAGUGGCCCAAACUGACAGCUGGAAGAUCGUGAAGCAGGAGUGGCAGAUCAUGUAAGGGCACUUUGGCUAGAUAGCAAAGCUUGACAAUUUACAAGAGACAAGUUGCUAAAGACACAUUAAAAGAGUUGACAGAAUAGGCAGAAGAAGGAAGAGCAGCGGGGGAGGGGGUGGGAAAACAAAAGGCGGUAUGACACGACCUCCUAAUAAUGACAACCUUAUGACUUUCAAGUUAGUCGUAGUUGGUGAUGGAGGUGUUGGAAAGAGCGCACUCACCAUACAGUUCUUUCAAAAGUUAUUUGUCACUGAUUAUGAUCCCACCAUCGAAGACAGUUACAUUCAACAUACAGAGGUAGAUAAACAAUGGUGCAUUCUAGAUGUGCUAGAUACAGCUGGUCAAGAAGAAUUUAGUGCCAUGCGUGAACAAUACAUGCGCAAGGGUGAUGGGUUUCUGUUAGUGUAUUCUGUGACUGACAAACAGUCGUACGAGAAUAUCAUGAAUUUUUAUACCCAAAUACUUAGGGUAAAAGAUAGAGAUGUGUAUCCAAUGCUUCUGGUAGCCAACAAAGUUGACUUGGUACAUUUGAGAAAAGUUACAGAGGAACAGGGAAGGGAGUUGGCGCAUCGUUUGGGUAUACCUUACAUUGAAACUUCUGCCAAAGAUCCGCCGUUAAACGUAGACGCAGCAUUUCACGAGGUUGUUCGUAUAAUCAGAAAUCAACCUCCGGCCGAACUGGAAAAGAACCGGCGGAAACGGAGACGUUCAGGGAAAUGUAAUAUUUUGUAAAUGUUGAAAAUAUCAUGCAAGUAUCGGAGGUUGCGGUACGAUCACGCAUCGUCUUUCCGAAAAGUCACUUUUCCUUACAAAAGUGAAACAUACCUGCCAAAACGAAAAAAAAAAAAGAAACAAACAGAAUGGGUCGUCUGACUUCCAUCGUAUAUAGGUUACUAUGACUCGUUUUUCUUUUUCUUUUUUCAUUCACGUAUAAUUUCAUAGUAUUAAUGAACGUCGAACGAUUGAUAUCCCAUCCCUGUAUAAUAAGUGUACAAAAUAGUAACGAUAAGUCAUGCAUCGAUCGAACGAAAAACAAUGCCAACUAUCUCCAAGGAUGCGACUAGAUUUUUUAAAAGAAAACUAAUUCAGCAUCGGUUUAAGACUAAAAAAAAAAAGAGAGAAUAUAGAAAAAUUCGUCGGAGAUAUCGACUGUUCAUCGUCUUGAUAAUACGAGACCGCCAUCUCUAUACGCGCGUACACAUCAAUUUUCUACCAUCGACUAAACACUAUGGAAUUGAGCGUUUUUUAUUGCACGAUGCAUACAUAAUUCUAUAGAAAAUCUUUUUACUUCUUCGCGUAAGAUCUCGUCAUGAAGUGACUAUAAUGGUUUCGUAUACCGACUCAGCUAAUUUUUUAAACAGCAGUCGAGAAUCAUAGCUUUAAGCGUAUUUAUUCGUAUUUCAUUAAAUUAAACGUUUUCGUCUUCUGACAUUAUUUUCUUGUUGUGAUAUAUUCUAUGACGCGCACAUAGUCUCCUCGGAACAAAUAUUUUUAAAACUUUCGUACUACAAUUUUUUUUUUUUUUUGUUUUCAUAUAUUUCACGUGAAUACUUUUUAUAUUAACCUCUUGCGCUGCCAACAUUUCCUCGUAUUUGAUAGUUAGAGAUACAAACAGCUUCUAAUAUUUGUUCUAUCACAGCUAGUUCGCACUUAGAAAAAGAGUAUUUUUUAGUUUUUAUUAUAUUUUUUUCUCAAAAUAAUUUAUUACUUACGCGUAUCGCGCGACAUUUUCAACUCCCGAAGAAAAAUCUCUCGACGCCCGUGGCAUGUAAUAACAGUGCACGAGGUUAAUGCAUCUACAUAUAAUUUAUAGUACAAACUUGUUGUAUUGAAUUUUUUUUCCAACGACGUUUAAAAUUGUUAUGUCAACGAAUUUCGGUUCCAUCAGUGAUGUGCAUAUGAGGCGUUCGAAGCCUAACAAGUAAUUAAUAUUCUGAAUCAAGAAUAAAGUAUUCGAUGCGAGGCAAUAUUGCCUCUGGUAUUAGAUUAUCGGCUUUCGUGCAUACAGAGGUCUGAUGUAAAACAUCUAUCACGAUUCGAAUUUUCGAAGUAGUACAUACGUAAAAUAUUGAUUUUAGAUGGCCAGCGCCGCAAGACUAGUGCAUUAUUAAAUAGCUCGCAAGGGAAGUUGGGCAAUUGAUACGCGCCGAAAAAUUUGAAUUUUUUUCCAGAAAUAAAAUUCAUGGGAACCUAAUCGCAGUGCCCUUUUCCAUUUUUACCCGAAAACAGUUUCAGGUGUGGAAACACCGCUUUGAAAUAAUUCUGGUUAUUUAUUUAUAUUUAUCUGAAAACGUAAGAGAUAUCGAUACAAUUUAAUUGUUUUCAACAUUCUAUAACACCGUGGUAAGAAAUUAAAAAAAAAAAAAACAUUAAUUUUGAUCAUAUUUCCUUCACCACGAAUCUUUCCACCAUCAGCUGCAUAAAAAUUGUGUUCGCGAUUUUGUGGGUGCUCCAUACUGUACAACUUUCGUCUAACCAAUUUUUUUCUAUCUGUUAUCAACUUUGAGUUAGUGUGCAAUAUAGAUACGUAUCCUUUAUUGUGUGCUGAAUGGAUAAAAAUUUCGGUCAGAAUCCUCGACUGAAAUUUGAGAAAAUCAUAACACUUGAUUGGGUAAAAAAAAAAAGGUAUACAUGUCGAAUUGAGUAAUCUCCUCCAUUAUAAAGUCGGUUAAUGAAUUUCAACGGGAAACAGUGUGUUUUUGGGACGAAUUCAACAAAAAAUAUAAAACUAUCGGAAAAGUAUUUUAUAGCUCUUUUUGGGGCGGAAAUAUACGUAAAAAGUUACCUUAUCUUCCACAAUUCGUAGUUCUCCCAAUUUACAAAAAUGGAAAAAAGAUUUUCUUAAGAAUUUGAAAGUAAUCGCCUGUUGAAAAACAUUAAAUCUUGUAUUUAAAAUUUGUUCAAUACCUUUAAUGAUACCAGAGAUAUUAGCAAAAAUAUAAAUAACCUGAGUUUAUUAUUUUGAAGGAAUCUCUUAAAAUCGUCUUUGAAUAAAAAUGGAAAAAUUCACUGCAAUUGGGUUCCCAUGCACUUCGUUUCUGUCAACAUACAAUUUUUUCGCCGUGUAUCAAUCACCGAACUUCCCUUGUCAGUUUUAUUUAGGAGUUGUGCAAUAAACAAAGUAUUGCUUUCGUAACAAGUACAAAAUUUUAUUAGUAGCGAGUUAUUUCGUGUUCGCUAAUGUUUAAUUUGCAACUUUCGAAUUCUAUCAAAUACAAAGCCUGAACUUCGAUUAUAUCAGACCUUUUUAUAUAUAUUAAAGAAAAUGAUGCCAUGGCCUAUAUUAGUAUUUAAAUGUAACAAAAUAAUUAAAAAACGAAUUAAACAAAAUAUGUGACCUACUCCAAAGCAAGGUGACUCAUGGGUUGAGAUCAUGAUUUUUAGUGGAAACAAAUUAUACAAAAUAAUUUAAAAAAAAAAAAAACAACGAUUCUCCUUGGCAUUUCGGAUAAAUCGAGUCUUAUUCGAUCUGAAACGCAGUCCUCUUCGGGUUAAUGCAAUGUAGGGUCUAGAACAAAUUUUAUACUAAACGAGAGUUAAAACAAACAAGUGUAAGUGGUAUAAUAUGCAACGCAAAUAAAAUUAAAAAAAAAAUACGAGUGGGAAAGGAAAGAAACGUACGAAUGUCUAUAAAAAUUUGAUUGUUAAUAUAAUAUAAUAUGGCUAAGCACAUAUACCCGGACAACGAUCCGUUAGUAAGUAAAAUAAGUUCGAAUUUUGCUGUGAUUGUCAAGGAAAGUCAUUGUCUUUUAAUAAUACUCCGAUCAUUUUCCACGCGUUAAUUUUUCAAAAAUGAACAAAAUAAUGGAUGCCAAAAAAUUGUUUUUGUCUAUAUGGUGUUUCCCUUGGGAGCAGGUCAUAUACACGGGGAUGAAAGUCGUAGCGGGGAGAUUAAUUUUUUUUUUUCUAAUUUUGAGAAAAACCUUUUCCUUCAACGAACUUGAAUGUAUAGAUUACAUCUAUGCGUACUAGUAAAUACUUUAAAUAAAUUUUCUUUGUAUCGCUAUGGUUUUUAUCCCCUAUGUACGUUUAAAAGUACAUUCUAACGCGAGUGCGCGUGUAAAUAACUCGAGUGACUCGUGAAACUUAUCGAUAAAACGAAAUAGUAUAAGGAAACGUUCCACUCGUUGCCGCGCGCUUUAGUAAUAAUUAGUUCGAGUUAUUUACAGUAUGCAAAGUAUGCACGAUAACGCGAGAUAGUAGGAGAGGGUUUACAAUUCGCUCCGAGAUUGUUGUUUACAGUUGUUUCCGUAGCGGGUCGUGUUUUUAAUUUUCAUUUUUCACCUUUGUGCCGAAACUUUUCGAGCUUUUAUUUUACUCGACGGGGUUCAAUUAACGAUAUCACGUAUUAGCAUACGCACAAAGUGCUUUUCCUACGUGUAGGACACAGUGGGAAACUGAAUAGUAAUUUUAAACGGUACGAUACGAUACGUAAAACGUGCACAAAACGUGUUUGGCGAGAUCGAGUAAUUCUAACAGUGAAAUAUAUUUGCCUUGAGAUAGAAAUAUAAUCUGUAUUAUCAACGAGUGAAGGCUAUCGACGGAAUUUGUGUAGUUGCCAUACGUAGGAAGCUUCGAUUAUUAUUUUUUUUUUAAUAGCGCGAAUGUUGUCGACGUAUUUUAUAUUGGAUGAUAAAUCGAAUGUUCGAUAGCGUUCGUCGUUAUCGACAUAGACACGUUUGUCCGUGCGCAACGAAAUAUUACCGAGUUAAGAACGAAAUACUAAAACGAUGCAUUUUGCUCCGUUGAUACUUUUGUUUGCUAGUAAAGAGGUUCGUGAAAUUGUGAACCGUUAUUUUAGCCAAUUAUAUUCUCGCAGAUUCGAAGAAAGCUCAAUGCGUAGUUUAAAAUUGCACCGCACAAUUAAACGAAUAACGAUUGUAUAAAUUUAACCGAAACGAUCGCACGGUAUAGCGAAAUUAUAAUUUCGUAUGGGGUUUACUCUAGAGAUGGGCGAAAUUUAAAGAAAUUCUAUCUGUUAUUAUAAUAGAUCUAUUUAUUCAUUCCAAGAAUAUUUAUUCGGCGAAUAAGGAUGCCUUAACCCUUUCAAUCGUCGAGAAAAGAAAGCGUCUUUAUUCGAAUAGAUCUAUUCGAAAGCUUCGAAUACACUUCGGUUAGAAAUGCAGGUAAAGAAGAAAACCGUACUGUAAGCUGGAUUGAAUGAAACAAGUAGCUUUAUUCGAUGAAUAAAUCAUUUCGAAAGCUUCGAGUGAACUUUGAAUGAAAAUUCAUAUAAAGCUGACAACAUUAUUGUAAGCUGCAGACAAAUCGUUUGGCGAAUCAAUAAAGUAUCUUUAUUCGUAGAAUGGAUCUAUUCGAACGCUUCGAAUAAAAAUUCAAAUAAAAGUGUAAACCUCACUUCGAGCUGGAAAGAGUAUCUUUAUUCGUCAAAUAAACACAUUUAUUCGUUAUAGGUUGAAACCUUCGAAUUAGCGAUAAAAAUAAAAUAUCUUCGUUCGAUGUUUUAUUUGAACAAUUCUUUUCACCUAAAUAAUGCCCAGCUCUGGUUCAUAGUGCAGGACGCGCUCGUGAAUUUUAUCGUCAUACGUAAAAUGGACAAGUUGUACUCGCGAAUAUAUCUUAAUUUCGCGUGUCCGUAAAAUCUGUCGAUAUUUUGUGGACGGUUGAUUUAAUUUGUAUACCACAGUGAUUGUAUUGUUCGCGCGAAACAAUACUGUUUAAACAUUUCCCUCGCCAGUUGAAAUGAAUCGCUGCUUCUCGAAUGUGUGCGCUGUUAAUCGAAAUUUUGUUGAUCGUACUAUUAACAUUUAAUAGGUACCUUAUACAGGGUAUUUAGCUAUAGGUGUGCGUCCUUUGAAGGUGACCAUAAAACAAAAACAAAGAAUAUUGAAAUUGUGUGUUUGGCUUUGUGUCCGAGAUAUUCUUUAUCAGAGGGGAAUAAAACAUUACGGAUACUUUGAUAAUACAGUAUUGUCUCGAAAUAAGCAACUCUUUUCCGCCUCGAAAUAAGCAACUCGCUAUCCUCACCUCUUUAUUUGAAGUCGUCCGCCGAGUGAGAGAUACGAAAAGAUGUGAGAGGUCCGUGAAAACGAGAAGCCAUAAAUCUUUCGCUAUUUUAGUUUAAAGAUUAGUGAAAAGAGCACGGAAUACGUGUAAUGUUUUCUCUUUCUCUGGCGUGUGUAUUCUCCGAAAUACUACUGUUACUUGUACACAUACAAUGGGUGUAGAAAGUAUUCGUACACUGAUCAAUUUCCAACAAAAUUGUUAAUUUCACAAAUUAUAUUAACUCGUGUAUAAUACUAUUACAGUAAGUAAAUGUUGUUUGGACUAUAUCUAUCUUAGACAUUUCUGAGAAUAUGUCAGAUAUCAUUGAUUAUAAAAAAAGAAAUUAAGGAAACUACAAUUUCACACAAAAGUUUUUUGGGAAAUUGAUCGGUGUACGAAUGCAUUCUACACCCGCAGUACGUUCCAUUCGUUCGAUUUACCAGUGCUGAAAUGAGAAAGUAUGUGUUAUCUUCUAUCAUUCUCCAAAGUACAACACCCGUGCUCGAGCGAUCGUUUCACAGUUUGCCGUUACACCGAACCCCCUUUUUUGUCUACGGGUUCUCCAUGGACUCGCUCUAGAACAAAGUCAAUCCGAAUAGCAUACCUCCCUCGAAACGAGCAACUCGCCGUUCCCGACCGAGUUGCUUAUCCCGAGACAAUACUGUACCUCCGUGAAGACAGUAUAGAAAAAAUGUUUAUUAUCAUUAGCAGAUAAUCCUCUAUAUGUAAAUACCUCGUGUAACGUACCUAUAAAAAUCGCCGCUUCGUUUAAAGCCUGUACAUUCAACGAUGGAUGUCGCAUCGCAAAUGUAACGUGGACCAUCCGUUCAAACCGAUCGGUUCGAUUCGAAAAUUUCUAAGUGACGACGAUUGUAUCGUCGACGAGCGUUUACGUGGAUCCGAUUAUUGAUAUUAAUAUGCCGACGUUGUCCGCGGACACGAGAUUCCGAUAUUAACGCGCAACGUUCCAUUGUUUCGUUCCAUGGAGGUUCUUCUCGUAAACGGAUUACAUUGGAGCGCGCGACAGUCUCCGCGGCAAGAGUCGCAAUCUGCUUUGAAAAGGAUUAAAGCAGCGAUUAUCUAAUGCAAAAAGGGGGCCGGGAAGGGGGAGGUGAGGAACUUGUAUAUAUUGCGCGCACGUACCGCGCGAUGUUUUAGAGACUCAGGAUAUUUAGCGUUCCUCGCAUGUCGUAAUAAUCUGUAACAAAAGCGCCACACGUUUUUUAUCGCCGUCCAUGAGAGAGAGAGAGGAUCGUGUAAAAGGACAGAGGGAAACGGAAGCUUACAUGCUGUUAUAUAAGAAUGACACGACAAUUAGAAACGACUACGGUACACAUGCGUGUUAAGGGAGUAUUCUAGUCAGGAUGUGGUAAAAUAUAAGCCAUCGAUGGAAUUUUUAUCAAGAUAUUAAGUUGAAAUUUUUGCGUCAUUGUUCAUACAUGUCUCGUUAAGUUACAUACAGUGGGUGUAGAAUGUAUUCGUACGCCCAUCAAUUUCUCAAGAAACUUUUGUGUGAAAUUGUACUUUUCUGUGUUUACAUUUGACUCGAGUCGAACGUCGAACAUAGAAAUGGACAGAGAUUGAAAAAAACAGGUCCGAGAAAAAAAAAGCAGUCGGCAGAAUCGUUAUCAAUCGGUUACGAUCAUAUCGCACAUCAUAUCUUGCAUUUAUACAGUCAAUCCUGUCUCGCACUUAUCCAGUCUUCGCUGUAGUAAUUCGUACAAGUAUGGUUACAGCUCGAACUAGAAGAAAUUAAAUAUCUCAAAAAGUAACAAAAUAACAAAUAUCGAUUUUUUCAUAAAAGUUAUCUUGUUUAAUAAUACAUAAAGUUACUUAAUUUAACGAAAACGUAUUUUUCUCACUAUCAGAGGACAGAUUACGUGCACACUGAAUUUCAAGCUAAUCCGUCCAUUAAUUUUUUGCGAAGUCAUGUCAUCUAUCAUGAAAAAUAUAGUUUCGAGAAAAAUAUGUUUAAAAUGUUGAUUAAACGUAAUAGAAUCUCAAUGAUUACACGAGUUCUCUUUGUACUUUGGAAUCUUGACACAAUCAUUCUUUGUAUUCCACUCCUUACACAAUUUUUCUCUGACACCGGUCUUUUUUUAUUUAUGUGUUUGCCUAUUUAACGCAUUCAUGGUACAAAGCCUGUGACGUUAUCCAUGUAGGGUAAUUCUUAUCAAAGAAAAUAAUGUACAGCUGAGAUAUUGUUUCUAAGCCUAACGUCUAAUCGUAUAGUUUUAUUUUCAACAGAGUUCGAAAAGUUUCACUGAAAACUUUUUAGGUGUUUUUAAAACUCUAAAUCAGAAGAACAUGGAAAAUCAAAUAUUUCCAAAAUUCCCGACUAGAAUAUCCCCUUAAACCGAAGUUCUUGCAAAACGAAGUAGCAAUCGGUGAAACCGCAAAAUUCGUGGAGUUAGAGCGUACGCUUUUAGAAAAAUUACAAAAAAUGAGGAUAGCAAGAGGGAUUAUCUAUAAAAUAGUCAAUAUGUUGAAUCAUUGUGAUAUACCGAAUACGAGGAGAUGCGAUAUAGCGAAUGUUAUAGUUACGAGAGCCAUCGAAGUCAGUCUUCGUCGAUACCGUACAGUAGCGGAAUUCAUUUCGGAUGAAAUGGGUCGUUCAUUAUGGCAAUGGUGUAACUCCAUUUACCUCCAUUGCGAGAUACACAAAGUUUCCAUUUUAACCGACUGAAAAAUGUUGAUAAAUGCUAUCAAUGAAUUUAUAAAACAAUAAGUAAGCAAAUUUACCAGAAAGGUUGACAAUAUCGUCAUCGGUCGAAGAAAAAUAUAUUUCUAGUAACCACGGAUGAAUGUACUUGUACGUCACUUUCAUAAUUAUUCUCGGAUUUGAAGAGUGUGGACUUCUACCAAUAUUCCUUUUGAAAAAGGUUAGUAGACGAUACGUGAACGAAUAGAUCUUCUGUAAAACAUGCUAUAUUUUAUAUUAUUGUUGAAAUGAAAUGAUCUUUGUGUUAUGUGUAUAAAAAUACUCAAGAGAUGUUUAAUACAUGGAAGCAACAUGGAAUGUGAAGAAUAAACAAAAGGAACUUUCAUUUGACGGUGUGUUCACUUUAGAGGAAACACUGACCAGGUUUAACGUACCCUAUACAGGGUGUCCCAGAAUUAGUGUAAAAACCAGACAUAGGGGAGGGGGUAGGUGAGACGAUUAUGAAGCACAAUUUCCUUUGCAAAAAUGUCGGGUGGUGGUUCGUUUUUGAAUUAUUAACGAAAAACCACCGACCAAUCACAGCGUAUAGGCGUAUUAGCGCUCAGAGCAAAAUGCGCGCUACUCGGGCGCUGUGAUUAGUCGGAUGGAUUUUCGUUAAUAAUUCAAAAACGAAGCAUCAUCCGACAUUUUUGCAAAGGACAUUGUGGUCCAGAAUCGUCUCAGCUACCCCGAUUUCCGGUUCUUACACUGAUUCUGGGACACCCUGUAUACGGCAACAAAUCGAUGCAAUUUAAUCUAAUUUAGUAUAAUUUAGAUGAUUUAUUCGAUUUGUUAACUAUUAUACCAGUUCAAAUAUGUAUGUUUGUAUUUGUCAUUAUUAUUAUUGUCACUGUGAAAAGUUUUGGAAUUAUGCACAAAUGUUCUGUAGUAAGUCUAUCAUAGCAAUAAGUUUAUCAUGCUCUUAUAUGUUAUAGUCCUUAUACGUUCAAGAACAUAGUAAGUAUAAUUGUGUUCGUGGAUUGAUACCUCUUUCAAAACGAAUGCGUUUCAUAUUCUGUUUAGCAAUGAAGUUUCUUAAGAAAUUACUUUCCAAAUUAAGUCGAAAUGCUUGUUAGACAUUGUAAAAAAAAAUUCAUUUCGUAAAAGAAAUGGCCUUACAUCACUUUUAUGAUGAACGAUUCGAUCAGCCAACGCGAUUAUCAUUGAUUAAAUUCGAUAACCUUCUGACUUCGCCAUCGUUUCCCUCCUCCAGGGUUAUACUCAUCGCCACACACAAAAAACUACCGCACGUAUCAUUCUAGCUGUAUACCGCAACUCCUAACGAAACGAAGAAGAGGAACAAAAAAACAAAUCAUAUAAUGACGCACAGGCAACAAUGAACUACGCAUAAAUAGGGCGGAGUAAUAAUAUUAAGAUGAGAGUAUGCUCGUUGCCACCGUUCUUGUCCUAUAGAUAGCUACGACAGGUAUAUAUAUAUUUUGAAAUGAAAACAAAAAAAAAAAGAACGAAAAUUCCUCCCACCACGACGAUAGUUAUAUACUUAUAUUAUAUACGAGACCGUCGGAAAUACGUUAUAUUAUGUCUAUGGAAAUAAAUAUGUGUGUGUAUGUUACAUGCGCGUACAGUGGUACACGUAACUCGAUUUCUCUGUAUGCGUGUACCGUUGGCGCGCGAGAAAAACGCGGUAGACUCCACCCAAUGGAAUGCGUUACAUCGACCAUUUUUUUUUUUAUGAUUGAAAAUCACUUUAUUUUCCAAAUAAGGGGGUUGCUAACGGGGAAAUGCAACGUUUGUGAUAUACAAUGAAGCAUGGAUAGAGACAGGGACAUAUGGAUAGAUACGAGAUAAUGGAAUACGAGGGGUGCUAACGAAGAAAAGCUUUUUACUGAGUUUGGUUUUCUAUCUCUUGAUUCUUACGAUGACCGUGAAAUCUGUUAAUUUUUUGUAAUUGCAAUGGUUUCCGAUUUCGUCGAGGUAACGGUCUGGAUUCGCGCGAUAACAUUAUCCAAGAUUUACUACUCAAACUUAGGGCUGUCGGAAAGCUCGAAUAUUCGAACCGCUCGCGAACCGAGCUGAACCGAGUAUUUGAAACAAGUGAGCGACUCGCUUUUUUCGAGCGGCUCACUUGUUUCGAGUAUAUACACCCCCGUUCCAUAAAUAUGUGGACACUUUUCACGUUAAAUGUAUAGUUACACCGUGAAUAAUUCCUAGAAAAUUGUUUGUUACCAUAUUCUGGUUCGGAUGUGUAUUUGAUAACACUUAAUAAUAUUAAAGUUUUGAGUGAUAUGGUAAGUCUCGCAGAGGAACUAUGGGAUCGUUUAGAAACAACAUUUGGAAAACAUUUGUGACGAGAUAUUAAAAAAUAGAGGGAGUAAUAUUAUUUCGGAUACAACGAAGAAAUCGCUAGUUAUGUAGAUUAAUAACUUACGUAUCAAGAUUGCUAACAGAAAUGUUAACACACGGUGGGAUACAUUAAUGAACAAAAAAUUGAAUUGCUUUUUUCUUAUUACUAAUGAAACAUUAAAUAAAAUAUAUUCUCUAAUGCAACCUACACUAAACAUAGCGACACAAGUGAUCCUUGCUAAUAGAUUCGUAACUUUAUUUAGAUACUAAUUCCAAUCAAGGAAGUGUUCACAUACUUUUGAGCGGCAGUGUACUCGGCUCGGCCCGAUUAUUUCCGAUCUUGCCGACAGCACUAACACACAUGAAAAUAUUCUGUCACGAAAAAAGUAACGCUAAUUUAGUAAUUAAAUAGAACGAUAUGAAAGAAAAAACGCAGGAUAAUUAGUCAUUAAUCCAAUGGUACCUGUCUGUGAAACAAGACGCUGCUCUCACUAAUAGACGUUUGUUUUACUCGCGGGGCGUAAUACAAAGGCUGCAAGUUUGUCUCGCUGAAUACGAUUAGUUACUCCGAGGGGCGGAGUCUGUCGCAUUUUUCUCGCGCGCUGACUUUACGUAUACGCUAUAUGUGGAUGUACGUAUAUUUUUUGUUGUUGAAAGUGUGCGUGCGUGCGUGCGUGCAUGGGUGUGUGCGACGCGAGCGUGUCACUAAUUGUGCAGGUUACUGUAUAAUGUACACAAUUGAUAAUAAAUUAUAAACACGUGUUUACAAAAAAAAAAA